AUGGCUCACUUCGACGAUGCUCACAACACUCUACAUUUUGACUCUCUUCGCGACGUCCUCCCCUCCGCGCCCUCGUCACCAAGCUUCCAGCCCACCGCGGCCUCCGAUCAAGCCAUGCUGAUGCAGACGCUAGACGAUAAGAUCGAGGAGGGCACCGACAACAUUACCCUGUCCCGCGCGGAAGCGGUCCGCUUACGCCGCAUUUUGGCGACGACGACAGCCCAGGUGCACGACUCUGUGGUCUCGGAGCUCGCCGCAGCCAAGCAGGAACUGGCGGAGAUGAAAGUCUUUGCGCGGUUAGGAGAUUAUGCUGGGUGCCUAGCAAAUGCCUUGUUAAAAACUGAAACAGGCAGACAAUGGAAGCGUGGACAAUCUCAAGUCGUUGAUGUUGUGGCGGCCGUGGAGAAGAUGGAACCGGAUUCGAAAGACAAGGGAUUGUAG